UUGUAUAUUAAUUAGAUUCCGCGCUCAUCAGUACGUACUCACUGGCGACAUCGAGAAAAUGUAUCGGCAAUUCCUCGUACGACCAGAGGAUCGGAAAUAUCAAAGGAUAUUAUGGCGCAGCGCGAGUGGAGAAACAGAAACAUAUGAGCUUAACACCGUAAUACUCUUAUCAUAGAAAUAGAAGCAGUCCUCAAUUCCCGCCCGCUAACUCCUAUCUCCACCGAUCCAAAUGAUCUCCUAGCCCUCACUCCCGGACAUUUCCUCAUUGGCGAUUCAUUAAUGUGCUUACGUGAUCGAGAUUUCAGAGACAUUCCAUCGAACCGACUCUCCAAAUGGCAGCAUAUCCAACAGCUUAAACAACAUUUUUGGAACCGCUGGCAUAAGGAGUAUUUGAACGAGCUAACCAACCGCAAUAAAUGGAGCAAGGGUGGACACAGCAUCCAAAAGGGCACAAUCGUCAUCCUCAGAGAGGACAACGUUCCCUCCAUGCAUUGGCUUCUGGGCCGAGUUAUCAAGGUUCAUCCAGGCGCCGAUGGUGUCAUCCGGACAGCUACAGUUCAGACGGCAAAGAGCAUUUUGGAUCGGGGCGUCAAAAGGCUUGUCCCACUGCCAAUUCAACCCGAUCUCGAGAAACCCGAACAACUAGCCAUCGAGACGAAAUAAGAUGGGAACCUCAACCACACCUCGCUAGUUUGAUCGGUACCCUCUCAACGGGGGGAGAAUGUUACGCCAUGCGGCUUACCAUAGGUCAUAUUCUUAACUAUCGAUCGCGGCACUAUAAUGUCGCAGACGGAUCGUCGCGUCUGCCCGGCAAACAAACAUUGUAGUGGCAAGCGCAUGGUUCAUUAAGCAGGGCGACUUCCAGAAACGUCGACUCGUGGCCCGUAUUUUACCUCGCUGUAAAAGAAUGUGGCGUGAUCCGAACGUAGUGGGGGUCGCCUUCCAGAAAAAACGAAAAAAAUCGAAAGGCGUUCAGAACUUUUCGAGAAGUCGAACCGUCAACACAUGUGGCGCUUGGCCAUGGAUCGCUGCAUUAGGUUUUCGUAAUCCCCGAAACCCAGACAAACCACUAUGGAAGUGCGGAGGUUCCCUGAUAUCGGCUAGGCAUGUUUUGACCGCAGCACAUUGUGCACAUAUGGAUGGAAUAGAAAACAUACACAAUCAUAAUAUUGUCAUUCUUAGAUUGGUGGAGGAGGUGCCAUUUUCGAGGUACGUAUAUCCCAUUUGUACAAAAGAGCCCCUACGAAAGAGCAACUUCGUCGGCUAUAACCCCCUUGUUGCUGGAUGGGGAGCAUUAAGAUAUAGACGACCACGACGUAAUGCAUUAAUGGAAGUACAAAUGCCAGUGAUUAAGAACGCCGAAUGCAAAAUAGCUUAUUCCAAAUUUCCUAAUGCACCUGAUAUCACUGAUGGUAUAAUAUGCGCCGAACAUGCUCAGGGUGGAGAGGAUUCUUGUACGGCUGACCGCGGCGGACCACUGCUGAUACAACAUGAAUUAACCUCGUAUUUAAUAGGUAUUGUGUCUUAUGCUUAUAAGUGCGGCACAGCUGGGUAUCCCAGCGUUUACACUAGGGUCACAUCGUACCUUGACUUCAUUCUCCAAGCGAUGCAAUAAUAUGAUAUUACUGUUCCAUAAAUAUCAUUGUGUAAAAAACGUAAAGUUGGAUUUUCUUAUUGUGGAGAUAAGAAACAGCUCAAAUUUACAUUGUUUUGUACGUUACAAAUUAUAGGCUUAAAAUGUACGAAAUGUAACUUUGAAACGACACUAAUUUUUUACGCACGAUAAACCUCCACGACUUAGGUAUGUAAAGAUGAUAAACGUGUAUUAAUUCUAUUAAUUUGGUAAUAAUAAACCAACUUUCUGAGAAGUUCUGUAAAUUUCGUUUCUGUUGUAUCAAGAGAAUAAUGGAAUAUUCCACAUAGAUCGUAUACUUCUUGUACGUACGUACAAAAUUUUCCGGCUAAUCUAAAACACUUCAUAAGAUAGAGAGCUUCUGGAAAUUCGGACACAGAGAG